AUGUUCGAUGAUACCUGGAACACAGUAUGUGAUACCUAUUGGGAUUUACAAGAUGCAGCUGUUGUCUGCAAUCAACUCGGUUGUGGGACUGCGAUUUCAACUCCAGGAGGUGCAUACUUUGGAGAGGGAAAUGGACCAAUAUGGAAUUAUAUCCACAUUUGCACUGGCAAUGAAAUCCGUUUGACUGAAUGCCCAAUUGCAUCCAGCGGAGACCGUCAGUGCACACACAGAAAUGAUGCUAGUGUCAUCUGUUCAGGUGAAGAUUGGCAAUUACGAUUGGCUAACGGACAGAGCAUUUGCGAAGGCCGUGUGGAGGUUUAUUAUGACGGUGUUUGGGGGAGAGUGAUUGACACUCAGUGGAAUUUCAAUGAAGCAGAAGUGGUGUGCAGACAGCUGAAGUGUGGCUCUGCAAUAAGCAUUUACAACCACUUGAAGUUUGGGAAAGGCAGCGGACCGACCUGGAUCAACAGGAAUUGUAAUCUGGACAAGAAAAUGUUUGAUACUAUUAUUUGUCUUUCAGAUCAUAUUCAGUUAAAAUUAGUAGAUGGUGGAAGUCGCUGUGCUGGAAGAGUGGAGCUUUACUACAAUGGAAGUUGGGGGACUGUGUGUGAUGAUUCCUGGGAUUUAGCAGAUGCCCAAGCUGUCUGCAACCAACUGAAGUGUGGACAAGCUCUAAAUGCAACAGUUUCCAGUUGGUUUGGUCCAGGCCUGGGGCCUAUUUGGUUAGGCAAUGUGAACUGCAGCUUGAAUGAUUCUGUUCUAUGGGAAUGUCUGGUGGGGCGGUGGAGUGAAAGCGACUGCAAUCAUAAAGAAGAUGCUGGAGUUAUCUGCUCAGACCACAGAGCUGUUAGGCUGCAGGAUGGAACGAACCCUUGUCAGGGCAGAGUCGAAGUUUUCUACAAUGGGACCUGGGGGACUGUUUGUGCUGAUUCCUUUGGAAAGGCGGAAGCAGAAGUUGUUUGUAAGCAGCUCAGCUGUGGAUCUGCCCAAUCUGUGGAAGGUGCUCUUACAUUUGGAAGCGGUUCUGGACAGAUCUGGCUCGAUGAUGUGAGCUGUCGGUUGCAGGAUACAUUCCUGUGGCAAUGUCCAUCCUUACCAUGGGGUGAACACAACUGUAACCAUGGGGAGGAUGUUGGAGUCAUCUGUUCAGAACGAAGACCAAGGGAAAUGAUUAAUAAGGGAGAUAUGAAGAAGAGCAAAACUGAACGAGUUUCAGAAAACUUUGAAUUGCGGCUGGCUGCGGGAUUUAAUAAUUGUUCUGGAAGAGUUGAAAUAUUCUUCAAUGGUAUAUGGGGAACGGUUUGUGAUGAUUCCUGGAAUAAGCAUGUUGCUGCUGUCGUCUGUAGACAGUUAAACUGUGGUCAUCCAGUGUCAGCUCCGGAAGAGAUGCUAUUUGAAAGAGGAAAUGGCACAAUAUGGAUUGAUGAAAUUAAAUGCAAGGGGAGUGAAUUAUUCCUGUGGGACUGCCAAUUGUCAGUUAUGGGCAAUCAUGACUGUGAACAUAAAGAAGAUGUCAAUUUGAUUUGCUCUGGUAUGCCAUUUUAA